AUGAAUAGGUUUGUUUUCGAAUCUUAUAAGACCGAAGAGCUGAAACGAAAGGUCGAAGGAGGAGGUGUCCCCGCACCUACACGUGUGGAAGUUAUCAUGUCACUUGUUUGGACAUGCGCCAGAAAUGCCUGGCGCUCUAACUUGGUGUCUCCAAGGUCAACGUUAAUGCUUCAACCAAUGGAUUUGCGCUCUAGGGUCUCUUCUACGGAUGUUUUCUCCAUCGGAAACCUACAGACAAUGUUCCUUCUUAAGAGAGGCGUGGAAAGCAGCAGUAGUUUCGACUUGGAAAUCUGUGAAACGGUUGCCGAAUUUCGUAAAACCAAGGAAUCAGUCAACGAGAUGAUUAAAGAGAAUCUCCAAGGCAACACACUUGGUCAGUCUUUAAUGCGUGUCAUUGGAGAUUUCGCGUCAAGUCUCACGCCAGAGACAGACUUGUACUCAAUGACUAGCUGGUGUAGAAAACCUUUCUACGAGGUUGACUUUGGCUGGGGUACUCCUGCAUGGGUUGGAUCUACCUCGACAUCUAACAACAUUGCAUAUGUAUGCCUCAUUGACUCAAAAGAUGGUGCAAGUGUAGAAGCAUGGAUAAGCUUACCCGAGCAAGAUAUCCCCAUCUUCCUCCGUGACCAGGACCUUCUUGCUUAUGCCGUUCUAAACCGCCCCGGUCCUGAUCUAACCAAUCACAUCUUACCAUGUGUAAAAAAUUAA